GCCGCCCUCCUCCUCCUCGUCCUCCUGCUGCUCUGCGCGGCCCCCGAUCUUUCAAGGGGAAAUAAGCUUAAACUGAUGCUUCAGAAACGUGAAGCCGUGAAGCCUGAGGUGUCAGUGAAAGAAACAGCAGCCAAGGAGUUCCUAAGCAGCCUGAGACGCCAGAGGCGCCAGCUGUGGGACCGAAGCCAGCCCGACGUCCAGCAGUGGUACCAGCAGUUCCUGUACCUGGGGUUCGAUGAGGCGAAAUUUGAAGAUGACAUCUCUUACUGGACAAGUUUAGGGCGUGCUCGUAAUGAAUACUAUGGUGGAUACUACCAACACCACUACGAUGAAGAUUCACCAAUUGGCCCACGAAAUCCACACACCUUCAGGCACGGAGCAGGUGUCAACUAUGAUGAUUACUAA